AGAAGAGAUGAAAAAAAUUGAAAAAAAAUAAAAAAUGAGAAUAACAAAAAAUUUUAAAAUAGCCACCGGAUUACCGCAACGUUACCACAGUAACUGCGCAUGUAGAACCGCCGGCCCCCUCUUGUUUCGCAACGGCCAAGACGACCGUUGACGGUUCCGGCAGAGAUUAGAUUCGAAACUCGCGUGCGCCGCUGAUCCUCUCCGGUGUCUCUCCGACCGUGUCCGCCGCUCAUCCGUCGGUCUGGUGAAGUUCAAGUUUGUGUGUGUGUGUGUGUGAAGAAGCCCCAGCGAAUCGACCGGUUCGAUUUAAACACACCAUCAGCGAACAGACCGUCGAUUGCGGGCAGUGGAAACCGCAAAAGGUCGCGAGAAAGCGAUGCUGCGCUUACGUAUGAAACCUCCCCCCAUAACCCUCUAAAAACCCUUAGAAUGAAACCGAUUAUCCCGAACUACUGCAAAGAUCAUAGACCAAUAGAUUCUCCCGACAUGUCCAGCCAAGAUAUUUGCGCACCAGUAUUCCUUAGACGGCUCAAUGAUUUACACGUCAGAGUGGGUGGCCGCACUAGGUUACUGAUCGAACUGGAAGACUCUGCAGACGUCCAGGUCCGCUGGUACAAAAACAAUCAAGCCGCUCAAAGCGAGAGAUACCAAUGCAUACACGAAGGAGGGUUCUAUUGUUUGGAUAUUGUUCCGGUGACCCUGGAAGACGAAGGUCUUUGGGUGUGUACGGCACAAAAUCUCAUUGGAAAAUCGUCGACAGCGGCGAGAUUGACACUCACGGUGCCAAAAGCGUUUAAAAAACCAAUAUUCGUCGAAGGCCUUAAAGCCAUACUUACACAACGCGGAAUAGUUUCCUUAGAGUGUAAAGUAAUCGGCGUACCGACGCCAAAAUUGCGUUGGUUCAAAGACGGAAAGGAAGUCAAAGCGGGGGACAUAUUUGCCCUGACAGCAAAUUCCAACGAUGAUUGUCUGGGAAUUUAUACUUGCGAAGCUUCCAACGUUAUGGGUAUCUCAACCUCUACAUCAAGAAUACACGUGACCCAUACCAAACUUGACGGUGAAUUAGACUCAGAUAGCCUAGUACCCUACGGACCACCGCCAAAGUUUAUAAAAGGUCUAGAGAACGCUUCCGGGAAAGUAGGAGGUGUACUCGUCUUAAAAUGCCAAGUCGAUGUCCCUCCAUGGCCUCGAAGUGUAGGAUGGUAUAACAAUAACGGCAUUGUGGACGAAGGGCCGUUAUAUCAUUUAAUAGCUGACGGUCUAGGCAUGUAUGGCGUUGAAAUAAAAACCCUUCGAGCUGACCAUAACUCCAAGUGGAAGUGUAUAGCUUCUAGUGCGACUGGAGCAAAAGCCGUCACCACUUGUACGCUCUCGGUAUCUUAUCCAAAGAAUUACCGAGUUCCAAGAUUUUUAGAAAGUCUAAGAGCUAUCAUGACUGACGAAGGCAUGGUGAGUUUUGAGUGCAAAGUCAUAGGGUAUCCUACACCACAGCUAUCGUGGUUUAAAGAUGGCAAACAACUUCAACCCGGAGAUGUGUAUGAAUUAACGGGAAGUAAAUCUCUAGGAAGUUACUGUUGUUUGGCUCAAAACUGUAUGGGUGAAGCUAGCAGCUUUGCUGAACUGACGGUUGAAGAUAUUGAAAAUCAACUUAAUGACAACGAAAGACUUCAACUUACAUCAACCACGCAGCCACCACGGUUUAUUGUUGGACUUAAAAGCGCUGAGGCCAAUAUAAACGAACCAUUGGUUUUCACCGUUAAAGUGACGACGGAACCAGAACCUUCUAUUAGUUGGUUUAGAGAAAAUGAACAUGUAACCGAAUCGGAUCAUUACAGAAUGUCAUGCGAACAAAAUGGAACUUAUUUUUUAAGUUUAGGGCCUAUAGAAAUAGUAGAUCAAGCCGAAUGGAAAUGUGUGGCAAUUAAUAAAUAUGGACAGACCGUGACGUCCAGUUAUUUAAAGCUUAAUAUACCGAAAAAUUUCAAAACACCAAAGUUCUUAGAAGAGUUAAGAAUUGCUUUUUCAAACGAGGGGUCUGUCAAUUUAGAAUGCAAAGUUAUUGGUGUACCGCAACCUCAACUAAAAUGGUUUAAAGACGGCCAACAGUUAAACCCUGGAGACAUGCAUAAAAUUAUAUCCGGCCAAGGGGGAACUUGCUGUUUGGGAACGUACACAUGCCAAGCCCAUAACUGCAUGGGCACGGUAUCUAGUUCAGCAACAUUAAUGACGAUAGAAGACAAAUCCACGGUUAAAUCCUGCUUUACCGACGAAUACCUAUCAGUAGAUAAUCCUCUUGUAAGGAAUGAGUCUCUAUCUACAAUAUUAGAAGAACGGACAAGUCAAAUGGAAAAGUCGUAUACAAUCGAGGAGCCGGCCGAUGUAUCCUUUUCGUUCGACGGCAAAGAAGUGACCGUAUCGUUGUAUGAAACGCCAGACCUCACACACGACGAAGCUUUACAAAUCAUCGAGAUGUAUGCAGAUGAACUGUCUGAAAAUAUUACAGAGGACAAUUUCGUUGAUUUGCCAUCGUUGCGUAUCGUUAAAGAAUCGUCGAUAUCGGGUCAUGUUUUAAUGGAAGCGUUGGUUAUUGACGUUCCAGUAGGUUUUUGUAGACAACAAACUGUAUCUGACACAGACAUGGAUGCUUUUUCUAUUACUGAAGAUACUACUUUGCCACACAACGAUAAACGCGAUAGUCUGGCCGAUAAUAGCUUAGAGUUUUUCUCAGAGCACUUGUCAGAGCAAAAUAGCAAAUCUAGUAAUUCAAAAAAAGAUGAAUUCUACAGCGCCAGUGAGGUAACACCUAACACCUCUUCAGAAAUCCAAAAACAAAUAUCGGAAGAGGACGGUUAUGCAGAAUUUCAAACACCUAAAUUAUUUAUGUCGGAUUCAGAUGAUCAAAUGUUAACUCAAUUAAAUUUGGGCAAAGAACAGAGAACUCAAAAUUCCCGCAAAGUAAUGGAAGCCUUGGGACGAUCCGAAAGUAAAAAUACAGAAGAAGAAGUAACCGAAUCGCUCGCUGAAGUGGAAAACGAACAAACCAUACCGGAUAAUUAUUACAUGGCUGAAAUCCUAGCACAGUCCGACGAGGAUGGAUUGUAUUCAACAGUAUUGAACAAAAUCCGAGGUAAAGACGCUGCGACUGUAGCGUUAAGCAUGGAAGAAGACGAUAUAUUGAAAAUUAUAUCCAGACCUAACGUCGAGGAGUUUUUAAAGUACAUGAAAAUUAUAUUGGAAGGAACAGCAGUGAAAAUAAGCACUCACGAAAGCUCAAAUUUUACAAGUACACCGACUGAAUUAGAACAUGCUAUCCACGCUCUUCAUUCGUUAGCUUGGAGGUUUGUCGAUGAAACCGAAAAGGCUCAAGUCGCUGAAUUAGAUAGAAAAACUAUCGAAAAUGUUUCAAACUUAAUGACCGCUAUUAAUGCUAGUUUGUUAGCGCUAGAACAAUUCGACGAUCCGUUCGGAGUAUCGGACAAUAUAUUUAAUGAAAUUCAAUCGUCGAUUCGUUUCGACUUAGAAACGAUUAAUAAUUCAAGUAUGUCAGCCGAACAAGUAUUAGAUAGUCUAUCGGAACAAAUAAAUAACUUCACAUCUAUCGUGAACCGACAGGUGUCGCAGGUGACUGAACAGCGAAUUAUUGCGGUCUUACGCAACACUAUUGGAACUACGUUAGUUUAUAUAAAAACGUUACAGCAAAAUUCUGCAAAAAUAAAAAUAAUAGAACCCAAUUUACUGGUGCCGCUAUUUUCUAUGAUCCAACCACUCGAGGUUAUUUUAAACGAUAUAAUGUCCAUCGAAGACACACCUCAGGACAAAAAUGCGACAAACACAAAAUUAAAGCAAAUGUUAAUACCGCAAAUCAGUUCAAUCGCAUUUUUUUUGGACAAUCUGUGUGCUGUGUUUCGUAAUAAAAACCUUGAGGAAGAUCAAGAUUUAAAAAAUCUUUUUGAAAGAAUUAACGACGCUGCUAUUCAGUUCAUGUCUUUGGCUUCACAAGGGGCAAAAAGUAAUAGCUUAGCUGAGUGUUUCAUUAUGUUCACCAAGCCGAUAAACGAUUUGUGUUGUCAUCUAAAGAGACUCGGUAGAUCGACGGAAAACAUCGUGUCGUCAGAUUACGGAUCCGACGAUAAACUCCUAAUGGAUUUCGAGACAUUAUUCGAUGAACUAAUGGUGGACAUUGACACCUUGGUAAACAACGUGAAUACAGUACGCGAUUUCGAGAAUAAUGUAAAUCCACUUAGUAGCUUAUUGGAACCUUUGCAGGAUAUGAAAAUCGGUUUGUUCCAAGUUAAUCAAGUGCUCUUAGCCAAUCAUACUGGUUCGAACAUGAGUUAUGAAGUAAUCAGUUGUUUCGAGAAUUUGUCACAACAACUUAAUCAGCUAAACAAUUGUAUUAUCAAUCAGUCAAUCGUAGAAGAAUCCGAUAAAGAGAUGCCGUUCGAGACGUCUAUAAAAAUGAUGCAGAGUAUACUUUUCGACGAUGCUAUUGACGAUUUAGGUGUCAACGGAAUACUUUUUGGCAGUGUGAUGAAACCGUUGUUGCAAUUGCAAAACUUAAUCGUAACAAAAAUGGCGUCCGUCGAAAGCGAUCUUAGCUUUUCGGAUCAAACCGACUUGACGGGCGAAGCGUUUAGUAAUCAAUCGUUGAGUUGUUCAUCACACAAUGCUUUGAAAAUGAAAGAAAACGAACACUGUAUAGAUGAUAAAAACGAUUCAUCGUCAAAAGACAGUGUGGGACAAAUUACGGUAAAGAGUAACGCUGAAUUAUGCGAAGAACCUUCAAGGACAACGACCCAACACGUUUCCAAUGACAUAGUAAACAACGAAGAACCGAUUUACGCUAAAAAUGUCACCUGUGAUAUUGUGGCCGCGUUCAAAGACGAAGAACCAAAUAUAAUACUGUCCGAAGAAGAGAAUAACAACCAAGGAUUGGACGUGCUAUUCGAAACAGAAGAGUCAAUUCAAAUUUUAGAGUCUAAUUUACCAUCAAAUCAAGUAAAUUCAGAAAAUUUGUUGGUUGCUGAAAAUAGUGAACUCGUAGAUACUACAAUGGUGACAGAAUCGAAUAUAAAUGAUAUUUGUCAAGAAUAUCCACCAGAGUACAUUCCAAAAGAUGCAUUAUUACAAUUAGAUGAAAAUUCUCCAAAUAAAUCUACUACAGUUGAACUGAUUGACGAAGUACAAAAUGUGUUACAAAAAAUAGCGGAAGAUCCAGAUUUAACCGAAGAAGUUGUAGGAUUUCCAUCUGAAAAUGUAAGUUAUGAAUCUGUAAUUGAAGGUUUAAAAUGUUCCAUUAGCACUUUGGAAAAGGAUAAUGAUUUGAUAGUGGAACCGCCUGAAACAGAUAUUUCUAUUGACGAUAUUUCUCAGGUAGAAAGUAAUAAAUACAGUAAACCUAUUGGAAUUGAAGAUUUAAACAAUAAAAAUGAAAAAGCAUUAAACAAAGAUGAACUCGAAUUAUUAGUAGAUUCACCUGAACAUGAAAAUACUAUUAAUAGAAUUGAAUCCAAAAAUGAAGAUUUACAAACAGAAGAAGACGAAAACAUUAAUAAAGAAUCUACAAAACAUAUUAAAGAAGAAAAAAUUGACAUUGUACAAAAUAUAGAAAUUGGUCAAAUUUCAACCGUUACUCAAAAUAUAAGUGUUGAGCCAGUUACAGCUGAGUACUCAUUUGAAAAAACAGAAGACAACAAUAACAUGACUGGUUCGCAAGAAGUUAAACUUGAAGAAACCCUAAAAGAAAUGUGUGUUGAAGACUCAAAUUCAAUUGUGGACAAUUCACUAGAAAAAGCGUUUAAUAAUGGUACAAUUAAUGCUGCUUCUACAGAUAUACUGCAAAUUGAAUUAGUCAGUGACAUGUCUACUAAUACUAUAUCUAGUGAUGGUUCAAAAGAAAAUGUACUUAGUUCCACAAUAAGUGUUGAUCUGCAAGAAGAAAUUAACCAAAUCGAAGAAGUAGGAGAGUUAAACGUUUUAGACAAAAAUCAGUUAGAAUACAAUUUACAAAACAUUAAUUAUAAAGGUGAAGUUGAGAUUGAGGAAAUGGAAACCAAUAAAACAGCUACAAGCACUCAAAAUCAAAUUAUACAGUUAGGAAAACAAAACUAUGGACAGUUGCCUGAAACUGAAUUACAGGAUAUUGUGAGUGACACAAGUAAGAUUAAUGAUAAUAGUGCGACGGCCAUAGUCGUUGAAGAACAAAACGAAUUGUUAAAUGUUAUUUUUGGAAAAACAACUCCUUCUUCUGACGUUGUUAAAAUAUUGGAUGUUAAAGAAGGAAUAUCUGAAACUGUGGAAAUUACUAACAAAAAUGUAGUAGAAAUCAUAGAGCCGUCAUUAGAGUUGAAUACAAUAUCUGAUGAAAGUAUCUUAAGUACAAAGGAAUUGCAAGAAAAAGCAUGUGAAUCGACUGUUGAUGUUAAAUUGCCCAGCGAACAGGCUAAGUUAGAAAAUUCUGAACUCAAUAAAAAUAGGCAGCUAGUUCAAUCAGAAGAAAUAAACAAGGAAUUUCAAGAAAAUGUUGGUUUACUAGAAAAUGAAGCUGAAAACUUGAUUAAUUCAAGCAACGACGUUUUUAAUAUUGAGUCUCAAAAAGUAAUUCAAUCUGAAGACUACAAUGCAUCAAAUACUCAAGCACUGCUGGAUAACAAUCAAGCGAAUAAAUCAAAAAAUUCUAAUGAAGCUAUUGAGAAAGUAAUAUUCCCGGUCACGGAUGAAAAAUCACAGCAACUCCAAGAAAGUCUUCUUGAAAACUCAAAAAUUAGUAAUAGGACUGAGGAAAAUAAUAUUAAGGAUAACACUAAUUUAGAACAGAUAUUAUUAUCCAGUAAAACGAAUGUCGAGCUCAGCAAUAAUUUACUAGAAAGUACUAGUGAGAAUAUCGAUAGCAGUUUGAAUCAAAAACAAAUAAAAGAAACAGAAAUCAUUGAGAGUUCACAAUUUGUAGUAGCUAUCAUUGAUAAUAUAAAAGCUCCAAAUGAAAGUUUUAUAGAGAGUGGAACUGACGAAAAUAAAGACGAAUGUGUAAAUAUAAUUUGUGAACCAAAAGCUUCUGAUAUUACCGAAAUAAGAAACAUAACAAAUACAUUUACGGAAGAGUUUAGUGACAUUUCUAAAAAUAUCAAAAAGAAAUUGGCAGUUUCAAAUGAUACCAAAGAAAAUGAAAUUGAGCCUCAUUUGUACAAAGAAACACAAGGUAAUCGAGGUUUAGAAGAUGUUAUUGAUGGUGAAUUAACAAGAGAAGAUAAACUAACAAACCAAGGGGAAUUGAGUAAUACUGAAAACAUUUCAGUUGGAAAUUACUCGGAUAUGAUUAAAGAAUCAGCAGAAACUGGGGCUAGUGGAAAUGUUAGUGAUACAAAAGAUUCAAAUACGGUUACAGUACUUAAUAAAAAUGAAAUAGUUGAUUCUGAAGCAGAGAAAACGCCUUUAUUAAUCGACCUGGCUGCGGAUGAAAAUAAUUCUGAAAAACGAAUGAUAUCUAAAAAUAACACUGCGUCUAUAUCUAUAGAUGGUAAUGUUGAUAAAAUUGAAGUUGUUAAGAGUGCCAUCAUACACAAAGAACAUAUUGACGAGAGUGUAAAAAUAAUUGAAAAUGAGCCUCAGCAAGUCAAAAGUCAAACGUCAACAAUACAUGAUGAAAUUAUAAUACCUGAAUACAAUGAGUUAACCGAAGAAUAUCAAACAGAUAUAAAACCACUCAAAGGUGAAGAUACAAACCAAUUGGCAGAUACUGCCAAAAUAGUUAAAGUCCAAGCAUUUAAUGAUUUAAAUUCGGGCAGUAACGAUAACAUUUUAUUGGACAAAUUAACGGUUAAAAUGAAAGAAAUUGAAUACAGUGUUACCGAAGAUGAUAAUGAUGAUGACUUAAUUGAAUCCCCGAAAAACAUAGACAGCACUGUGGUUAUUGAAGAGGUGACAUUAGAUUCAAUAAUAGAAGAAAAGGAAUUUAAUGAAAAUGAGUUCACAGAAAUUGAAACUGACAACUACAAUGAAAAUAAUGUUGAACGACCAAAUGAGGUCGUCGAAGCAAAGCAAAUUACUGUUGUAGAAAAUAUUUCUGAGUCAGAUGAGACCCCCAGUAAUAAAAUCGAUAAACAAUUGUAUAGUACAGCAGUUAUAAAUUCACAUGAAAUUAAUGAUGCGCUUGGCCAAAACGAAGAAGUAGUUGAUGAAAAUGAAAUUACUAACUACGCGUGUAAGCAGCAAUCUAAUAUAGUGUUCGAAGAAAAUCCAGCUUUGAUUAGUGAUGAAAUUGUUUUACUUGAGACCGCAAAACCAUUGAAAGUUGUAGAUGACAGAACAGAGUUUAACAAACACGAAGGAAAAUGCGUUCAAAUAUUGAAAAAAUCCUUAUUGGUAAACAUUAUAAAUCCUUUAGUGGAGUCAAGACAAAAUAUUAAAGAAAGUGAAAUUAAAGUAAAAUCCAUACAAAACGCGACGAAUGAACAGUGUGAUACAAGUUUUAAAACCGUUCAAAAUGAGGAAAACAAACGGGAUAACUUGUGUCUUAAUGAUGACAGUUUUCCAAAUAAAAACGUUAUUAACGAAGAAGUAAAAAAGUCUGACUCUAAACACGUAGAAACUGACGAAGUUGUUCCAUUUGUGAAAGAAGUAACGGAGAAAGAUAACAAAAACAAUUUAACAGUUGGUAAUAAGUUAGUCAAUGCCAUUGAUGAUACUCAAAAUGACUCUUCCACGCCUGCAACGAUAGAGAACAAAGAUAUUGCUAUAGAACAAAAAACUGAAGAAAUCGAAAAUAAUAAAUCUAAAGAUCAAACUUUAUUUCAAGAUCAGAAUAUUGUACGAAAAGUAGACGAGGACGUGAAAGAAACCGAUUUUAAGAGAUUGAAUGAUUUAGUUCUAAAUACAAAUGCAAAAUCUGUGGUGAUAACAGAUAAUGACGAAAAUGAAUGUGUUGUUGAAAAUGAAAAAUAUGAUAUAACCCCAUCGUCAACAGCGAUUGCCGUCAGUUGUGAAUCUAACGAAGAUAUCACUUGUAAAGUGAUUAAACAAUCUUUAGUAAUAUUGUCUAUGCCAUAUGAAAAAAUGGAUGAUGUUAAAUGUGAAUUUGCCUCAGAAGUUCCACUUAACGAUUUAUCAAUUAACGCAGAUGUCAAACCUCAGAAAAUAAAUUCGCAUUUACAUCAAGUCGAAAGUCUUGCUGCAACUAAAAACGAAUGUGUUCUAUUAGAAAAUGCAGAAGCACUGGAGCAAAAUCAAACUAGUUCUAUUAAAAAUUUAGUUGAUCGUGCUACAGUGGAUCAAGAAUUAAAUAAUGCAGCAAUUGGAAAUACAGUGAUUUUGUACGAAAAUGCUGAGGAUUGUAAAUUGAAGGAUGAUAAUGUGCAAACACUUGCAAAGGCAGUUUUAAGUAUAGCAGACAGUGAAAUGAAUUUAUUACUUGAAAAAACAAUUACAGAUGAAACACGAAUGGCAGAACAAGAAAAUCACAAAGACCAACAAGCCGAUAAAAACAAAGGAGUUAAUAAUGAAUUAAUAUCUGUUACCAAUUUAGAUGAAAUCGAAAAUGAUGAGACUGAUGAUAUUGAACAGAAAUCAGGAAUGGAGACCAACAACAACGCAUUAUCCGACCAAUCUCAAAUAAAAGAAAUUGUUGAAAAAUCACACGAAUCACAAAAAGAUAACACACAGUCUUCUGAUUCGAUUGAAUUAGAACAUGUUAAUGUUGCAACACAUGACACAAAUAUUGUCAAUAAUGAUAAUAUUUCAAAAACAUGCGUAGAAAAAAGUGAAACGUCGGUUGUACAAAUAAGUGAUAACGAAGAUAACCAGUUAACGAAUGACACUGUUAAUAGCCAAUAUGAAUCAAAGGUACCAAUUAUCAAAAAAGACAUUUCAGGAAAAAGUGUUACUAAGGCGCCUGAAAUUAAAAAAGAAGAAAAUCUGAUGAAAAAUGAAGAUCUUGUGAAUAACACUAUUGAAAUAAACGAAGAAACAAAACAGAAUUCAGACAAAAAACUAAAAAAGUUAGGGGGCGAUGAUGAAAAAAGUGAAGUUCAAGAGGAAAAAUUAGAGAACCAACGUAAAAUGUCUAAUGAUAUUUUACAAGAUAAGAACAAGAAAAGUAGUAUAAAACGAAAAAAUAGCCAAAAAGAAGAAAUUAGCAAAUCACUAUCAUCUGAGAACAACAUUGAACCAUUGGUGGUAGAAAAUAAAGACGGAAAAAAACUCCCAGAAGGUCCAGUUAAGACGAAAAAAGAAAAACAAGAGAAACAAGUGGUAUCAACAACUGACACAAAAGAAAAUGAAGAUUUAAUCAAUAAAGCCUACGAUAAAAAAGAAAAUAAAACUAUAGGACGGGAAAACAAUAAAUUAGAAUUAUCGAUCCAAGAUCAAGAAAAUAGUUUUGUAAAAAACAAAAAUAUUGAUAUAAAAAUUGAGAUAUCAGAGUCCAACGGUGUAGAAAAACAAGUCAAGGAUGAACAAUUGUUAUCAGAAACUGUACUAAUUAAAAAAGACGAAUGUUUAAUAAUGAAGGAAAAUCUUGUAAAUGAAGGAAAUGUCAGUACUGAAAUUACAGAUUAUAUCGAAACACAACUGAAGCCCAAUAAGGACGAAAAGAAACCUGAUAGUGAAAGUACUAAAAAUGAUACACCAAAGCGAAAAAGUAUAAAAACUGAGUUUAAAUCAGAAAGUACUAAACCUGAGCCAAGUGACCAAACAGUACAAACAUCUAAAAAAGAAGAAGCUCAAGAAAAACCUAAAUCAGAAAAUACAAUCGCGUCAUCUGAAGUUAUAGAUGACACUUUAGAGUUAAGUAGCAAAAAGGAUUCUUUGAUAACGAAUGAACCUAAAGAAUAUAAUAUCACAAGCAUGUGCGAAAAUUCGUUGAACAGUAGUAAUCUACAAAAAAGCGACGUUAAAUCAUCAGAAUUCAAAGAAAAUGACGAUUCAAAAAUUAAGGCUAAAACUAGUGUCAAAACCAAAAAUAAAUCUGAUAAAACUACAAAAGAUAAUAAUAAGCGUGGAAGUAUAAGAAAAAACUCAAGCUCAAAAGUAGAAGUACAAAAUUCUCCAUCGCCAGAAAAAUCAGAAAAAUCUGAUAACAAAAUUGGUGAAGAUAUAACUGCUGUUAAAGAUAAUCUUUUGGAACAAGAAGAAAACAAUGAAAUUGAUUUACAGAAACGACAAAUUUCAAAAUUAGAAAAAGGAAAUUCUUCAACUCUAGAUAAAGCAAUUGGACAGGAUACAAAUAGGACACUCGACAAUAUGAAUUUAUUAAUUGAUUUAACAAAAUCUACCGAAGUAGAAAACAAAGAAAGUUCAAUAAAGUUAAAUGAAAAACACGGUAGCACAAGUAGCAAUGAAGUAGGAACUUCUGAAGUACAAGUCAAAACUGAUGAUAGAUGCACAGUCGAAGUAAUGAGUGGUGUUGAACCGAUAAAAGACAGAAAAGAAAAAGGAAGUAAGAAGAAGUCAAUAAUAUCUGAGUUAACCUCUGACCAGAAAAACCAAGAGAUCCCAAAUGAUCAUUGUUUAGUUCAAACUACAACGGAUAAACUAUCACCUGAAAAAGUUGUAAUUGGAAAACAAGAAGACUUAUCCGAUACUAAAACCAUAGAUGAAAAAGAGUCAAAUGAGUAUAAAACCACUAUAGAUAACGCUGAUUUGAGUGGUGCGGAAAAAAUAAUUAGUUUAAAAAAGAUAAGGCGAAAUUCAAAAGUGAUUACAACUGACAAAGAAAACGUGACUUCUAAUGAUUUCGAUAUUGUACACGACGAAGGAUCACACUGUCCAGGCAAUGAACACCUUAGGGAUCACAACGAUGCUAUCGUAUAUGAAAAAUAUCCAAACGCCUGCGAGGGUUCACACAAACCUAGCAGUAACAUAACGUGCGACGUAGAUGAAUCUAAAAAACAUCGGUCGUAUAAAUUGCAUGACUCCGAACACUAUAGCCGUGAUCUUCAUGAUCAAAUUGUUAGAUCAAAAAGUGUAAACGAUCGAGUUAGGAUAUCAAAAACCGAUAGAACACCGUUUAGGAUGUCUGUUCAACCAGAUUUCAAAGAAAGAUUUAGCCACGAACCGAACAAACCUAUGGCGAAUAGUCACUUGAGCGUACCAGACAUGUCUUAUAAAUAUUGUACGACGCCAACCAAAUAUAGAUCACUCACACCAGAGCCGUGGCACAGCGAACGUAAGUACACUUACUCCACCGAAAGAGAAUUAUCGACCGAUAGAUACCUCAGAUCGCCCAGUCCUUAUUGCGCCAGUGAGCCAUCAACACGCUACAUGAACAGUUAUAAAAGUUUGAGCUCAGAGCCAUACUCCAAGCGAUAUUAUUCUCUAUCAACGUACCGGUGUCCUUCGGAAACAACAAUAAGGUACAGGUCCGAGGAUGAAAACUUGUACACAAGAUACGGCAUGCGAAGACGAAUCGGUUCGGACAGUAAUCUCCAUCAAUUUAGUAGACGAGAUAGAUCUUAUCACACCACUUGGAGAACGUUAGAUAGAUCACCAGUUUCGACGACCAGAUUGAACGAUGAUUUGUCUCACAGCAAAGAAAUGUUUAAACGGCUUUACUUCUGCGUUCGUUUAGUCGACCAGAACGUACCGUCGAGUUCCAGAGUAAAGUUCUGGUGCUGCGUAAUAGGCUAUCCAGAACCUCGGGUAGAAUGGUUCAGAGAAGGUCAAAAAUUAAACUGUUUCACUUAUAACGCUUCCAAAAGGUACCAAAUUAAGUACGAUAACGGAAUAGCGCAGUUGAUAAUUGAAAACGCGCGGAACUGCGAUUCUGGUGAAUACACUUGUGUGGCGAUGAACACCCAAGACAGAGUGACUACUACCGGGUUCUUAACGGUGUAUACUUCUCCGACAAUAUUUGGAGGGUCACCGGCGAGUAAAUCCCUGACGUCUUCUUAUUCGGUUGAUGGGUAUACGUCGAAAUACGUCGAUAAGUUAUACGUGUGGAACAGUGAUGACCUACGGCAAAAAACUAAGUAUGACUGGCGUUCGUUCGACGAAUCGCCUAGAUAUCCCAAGUUCAUGAGCAGUGUUAUUGCUGAUAACAUAGCAACCUACGGUGGUACCAUUGCACUUCAAGUACGGGUCCAAGGGACACCGCUGCCAAAUAUCACUUGGUUGAGAGAGUCAAAGCCACUACCGCGUACGUCCAACAAGUACAUUUACCUCGACGAGGGCGGCCUGUACACGCUGUUAGUAAAAGAAAGCACCAUCGGAGACAGCGGUACUUAUGUGUGCAGGGCGUGUAAUUUGUACGGCAGUGUCGACGUCGAGAAAAGCAUCAAAGUCGUUUCACCCCAAGACUAUUCCGGUCACAAGAACGUGAAACCUGCGAUUAUCGUGUCCAGGCCUAAAGAUCGGAUGAGCGUAGCAGUAGGCGAAGAUAUCACGGUCACGCUCAGAGUAGCCGGCGAACCUAAACCCAAAGUAAUUUGGAUGAGAGGCGCUAGAGACGUAACGUUUUUGGAUAGAUCUUCCAAAGAAACGGUUAACGACUACGUUAAGCUGUCGAUAAAACGAGCGCAGUUGUCCGACGCUGGGACUUACUUCAUUGUCGCCAAAAACAUUUACGGGUCGGACAGAGCAUUUGUGACAGUCGGGGUAAGGAAUCGGGCGAGAUCACUAACGCCACCGCGGAUCAGAAGCACCGGCGGUCGAUGGCCAAAAGACGGACAUAGUUAUUAUUAUGACGUGAACGAGGUCCCGGGCCCGGUCCAGGGCGAACCGAGGGUGUCGGACAGAGGCAAAAACCGCGUAACGCUGGAAUGGGACAAACCGGCCGUGAGGUCCGAGGCCAUUUUGGUGUACAAGGUGGAAGCUUGGUCGGACGACGACGCCGGGUGCUGGAAAGAGGUCGGUAUGACUGCGGCGAAUAAUUUGGACGUGUACAACUUGAAACCGGAAACGGGAUACAAAUUUCGAGUGACCGCUCGCAACAGGUUCGGAUGGGGCGAGCCGGCGAUGACAUCAGACUACGUGGUCAUGGAUGAACCGGAACGUUUGCCCGAAUUCGUUCAGCCCUUGCCCGGAGAAACAAAAGUGCUGGUCAACGACAGCGAAACGCUACACUGUCACGUGCGCGGCACGCCAAAACCUCAAGUCAAGUGGUUCAAAGACGGCGAGCUGGUGACUGGGAGGUACGCUCAAGGGUACACGGAAAGGGGUAAGUGCACGUUGACGAUAACAAACGCCGGAGACGACGACGGCGGACGGUUCGUGUGCGAGGCCACCAACGACCAAGGAAGGAUUUGCACUUACACGGUGGUAGAGGUGAUCGCCAACAGCGAAAUCGUAAAAGCAGAACGUAGACUUCACGAAUGUCUCAUGAAAGAUAACGAGUACUUAGAAAUGGAGCCUAAGUUUACUAAAAAACUAAUUAACCGUCGGGUCGAAGCCAACGAAACUGUUCGGCUGUCUUGUCAGGUGACUGGGUUGCCGGUGCCAUCGGUGUCGUGGAGCAAAGAAGGUCGACCGGUGGAUUUCUCAUCGGGUCAUAUAAACGUAAGUCAGGACUCGGAUAAUUUCUGUACGCUGGAACUGGUCGAUGUGAAACCGGACGACGACGGAUCCUAUACGGCAACUGCAUCCAACGCAUUGGGGUCGGUGUACACUAGUUGCAUUUUGGAAGUGAUCAACAAGCACCGUGGAGACCCUCCGGCUCCUGAAUUCCUGUUUGGUCUUCCCGACAGUCUGGAAGCCACAGACGCCAUAGCGCUUAGCGCGCAAGUCGACGAUUUUCGUCCCGUCAAAGCCGAAUGGUUCAGAGACGACGUUCAGCUGAGAAACGGACGGAGGGUGGACAUCGUUACGGAUCAUGAUGGCAAACUAGAACUUAGGAUCGCCGAGGUCACAAAACGGGAUUCGGGUGUUUACACUUUGAGGGUGUCCAACGACAACGGUACGGUGAAGAGUUGUUGUGACGUCACCGUGAAUGAACGCAAACACAAGCACUUAAGUGAUCUACCUAUAUCGUCAACGACGGAACUAUAUUCGAAGAUACCAAAGUUCGUGGUGAAACCCAAAUUCCAAGAGGUCGAAGAGGGAACCGAGGUGAUCAUUGAUUCAGAAAUAGUCGGCGAUCCGGUGCCAAAGGUCACGUGGCUUCGGGACGGAUUAAAGCCCGAAUACUAUCGAGACGGCUCGGAGUUUCUGUGCGUUUCCGCCGGAAGCCGAUACCAGUUGAAAAUACCUCACGUCAAGCUCAGCCACACGGGAACGUACACGCUGCUGGCCUCCAAUCCGCAUGGACAGAUCAAAACGCUGAUAUCGGUUCAAGUGUUCUCGACGGGGCACGGCAAGAAAACUAUGGAAAAUGGCAUCGACCGCACAACUGUGGAAAGGUUACCGAGAAUAAGCCGGGGAUUGGCGGAUGUGGUUUGCUCGGAAAACGACAGCGUGUCGUUCGAAUGCAAAUUGAACAUCACACCGGAAGCGGAUGUUAGAUGGCACAAAGACGGCAAACUGGUCAGAUUGGGUAAAGAGUUCAGGUCCGAGCUGGUCAAUAACGAUACGGCUCGUCUGGAAAUAACCAAAGUCGGCCCUUUGCACCAAGGCGUUUACACGUGCACCGCGUUCAACGAACUGGGACAAGACUCGACGUCCGCGCGACUGACACUGGCGGGUUCUGAUGAGACACAGUCGAAAGCGGUGAACGGACAGGGAGAAACCAUGAUCAGCUCGCCAGUACUUGCAGGCGAGUGCAACGACAGGGGCACCAAAAGAUUGAAAAGGAGCAGCGCGCCAAAAUUCUACGCCGUGCUCCACGACAAGAUAGUGGAUGUCGGGGACACGGUCCGGUUUCAAUGCAGCGUGUCCGGCUAUCCACCGCCUUGGUCGUCGUGGGAAAAGGACGGGCAACCGAUCGGUGUGAACAGCAGGAUGAAAAUCCGCGAGGACGAAGACUAUAGGUCCUUGGAAAUAUUCGACAUCGUCGCUGAAGACGCAGGACUUUACAGGGUUACUGUGGAAAACAAAUACGGCAAGAUACAGGCGACUGCAAAACUCCAAGUGCUACCGAGUCACAACGUGCAGGAAGACGUUCAGAUUACCGCGAAAUCAUCGCCUCGGCCAAACGGAUCGAGGAAACAGUCGGGGUCCACGGCUUGCUCCGGAGACAAUUUCACUUUGAGUUGUGACAUUAGGGGUAACUCCAUGUCGGAUGUUACCUGGUACAAAAACAACGAAGAGAUAAAACCCGACGAACGGGUGACGGCCAGCAGGGACGAAUUGGCCGCCAGACUUUCGAUUUCCAACCUGGAGCCCGGCGAUUCCGGUGUGUACACUUGCAUAGCGAGAUCCGAGUCCGGAGUGACCAGAUGUUCCACGGAACUGUCCGUGUUCGACGCGAACACCGCCAAAGACUCUUACUUACAACCACCGAUAUUUGUCGAAGGUCUUGUUCCUAAACUGGUCGUUCGAGAAGGCGAAAGAUUCGAGUUGCCCGUAAAACUUCAAGGUGCAGUUCCUAUGAGUAUAGCAUGGUUCAAAGACGACUUGCCCAUUCCUGAUUGCGAAGACUUCACUUAUGUCACAGGCGAUGACGGCGUGUUCAGUUUGUCCAUAGCGGAUCCCUUCAGCGCAGACAGCGGCACGUAUAGCUGCAAGGUUUUGAACACAUUUGGCGAGGCAGUUUCCUAUGGAGAACUUUUAGUACAAGAAGUCGUGUCGGAUACCGCCGAUGACCAACAGAUAACUAAAGAAUUCAACAACAAUCUGAGUUUGACAGACAAACUGCACCGUGAAAGUCAAGAAACGCCCACCACCCUGCCGGCUACCAUCCUGUGGGGACCUUGCGACACGACCGUGAUGCGUGGAGCAAAAAUUAUUUUGGAAACGUCGUACGCCGGUACUCCUGAACCGCGAAUACAGUGGCUCAGAGCGGGUAAAGUUCUGGAGUCCGACGAACACCUGCGCAUAACCAACUUGGACGGAAUAUCCAGUUUGACCAUCGAAUCGAUCACAGCCGACGAUUGUGGCAAGUACGUGGUCCGCGUCGACAACGAACUGGGAAACGAUUAUCACUACGCUUCGGUGGCCGUAGAAGGACCGCCAGACCCGCCGGCCGGCAGACCCGUGGUCUCCGUGUCGGAAACCAGCGCGGACGUAACGUGGUCAAGUCCGGCUUACGAUGGCGGUUGCAUGGUGACCGGUUACAGCGUGGAAGUCCGACCGUUCAACCAGACCGAGUGGAAACUAGUGGCCGACAGGUGUUAUUCUUUAUCUCAUAUUGUCCGCGGUCUGGCGCCCGGGGAGUCGUACGUUUUUCGUGUAAGAGCCGAGAACAUGCACGGGUCGAGCGAAGCCAGUCUGGAGUCCAUACCGGUGUACAUACUUCAAACCGAUUACGGUAACACCUUGGUGCCGAAAAAAGUGACCAUCGAAAGCGGCGACCUGUUCACCAGCCAGUACGAGGUGCUCGACGAACUGGGAAAAGGCCGGUACGGUGUGGUGCACAAGGUGAAGGAGCGCGACUCGAGCAAGUACUUUGCGGCCAAGUUCGUCAGGUGCAUCAAGGCCAAGGACAAGGAAAAGGCGCAAGAAGAAGUGGACAUCAUGAACUGCCUGAGGCAUCCGAAACUGUUGCAGCUCGAGGCGGCUUUCGAAAACGCCCGGGAAGUCGUUAUGGUCACCGAAUAUAUUUCCGGCGGGGAGCUGUUCGAACGGGUAGUGGCCGACGACUUCACGCUGACCGAAAAAGACUGUAUUCUGUUCACCAGACAAAUAUGCGAGGGCGUCGACUAUAUGCACAAGCAAAACGUCGUACACCUGGACCUGAAACCGGAAAACAUCAUGUGCCAGUCGAGGACUUCACAUCAGAUAAAGUUGAUCGAUUUCGGUUUGGCGCAGAUCAUCCAACCCGGGCAGCCCGUCCGGGUGCUUUUCGGCACGCCGGAGUUCAUCCCGCCCGAGAUCAUCAGCUACGAACCGAUCGGCCUGGAGUCGGACAUGUGGUCCGUCGGAGUGAUUUGCUACGUGCUCCUGUCCGGUUUGUCGCCUUUCAUGGGAGACAACGACGCCGAGACGUUCACCAACAUCACCAAGUCGGAGUUUGAUUUCGACGACGAGGCGUUCGACGCCAUAUCGCAAGACGCUAAAGAUUUUAUAAGUUCCCUGUUGAUCAAAAGAAAAGAAAAAAGACUUACCGCCAAAGAGUGUUUGAAACACAAAUGGUUAGCGCAACAGGACAUGGACAUGAGAUGUGUGAUACUCAGCACUGACAAAUUGAAAAAGUUCAUUAUCAGGCGAAAAUGGCAGAAGACUGGCAACGCUAUCCGAGCCCUGGGCAGGAUGGCCACUCUGUCGGCGGCCAGCAGACGAGGCGGAGGCGGCGGCACCGGCGGCGUUUACCAGCACUAUAAAAUGACCAGUCUGAGCGAAGAAGAUUCGGGCGGCGAAACCGGCGGUCAGCACAGCAACGCGUUGGUGGCCCGCGUUGUUGCCCCUUGUUACCCCGUGGAAUCGCCGGCCGCCCGCGUGGCCGCCAAGCCGUGUGACGCGCGUAGCGACAGCGGCAUAAGCGAUUGCUCGUCGCUGAACGUGCCGCCGCCGCCGCACGCCAAGUACGCCCCCGACGAGAUCCGCGCGAUCACCGAGGAAACGCCCGACCGCGCUGACCGUGUGACGGUGUCCGCAGGUGGGGACGGUGUCCAGGCCAAGGAGAACGGGCUGAAGUUCAAAGGGCUGACCAGGACGGCGCAGGACAAGCCCAGAGAAGCCCGCAAGGACGCCGUCCGACUGCAGACCAUGGACAAUUUCAAAAAAGCCGUAGCCUUUUGGAAACAGUGACGUCACAGCGAUUAUUUUACUUAACGCGUUUAUUUUUUUUUUUUUUAAUAUUUUGAAUGUAUGUUUUUUUUUUUUUAACUCUAAUAUACGUAUAUUUGUUAACGUGUUAUCCGUGUAUGUAUACAAUGUUAAUUUGCCAAAGCUUAGAUUCUAAACUAAAAUAUCUAUUGUAUAUGUUGUCUAUGUUUUUUUUUUUUAAGAAU